AUGCCUAUUGAACCUGCCCACGUCUCAAGCAUCCAGUCUUCGAGAUCGAGAAUACCUGUACCAUCUAAUUGGCCUCCACCACAGCCACCUAGUCCUUCGACGCACAGCAAUGAAGCUCAGAGAGACCCGGAAUUCCAACCGCCUCCGGGCUUGGAUCUUAGUAAAUAUGACCGAGGCUGGCGGAAGAUAGUCCGCAAUUUUACUCCUUCGUGGUUUACUGUCGUUAUGGGAACCGGCAUAGUUUCUAUUUUACUCCAUGACUUACCGUACAAUGGCAUCUGGCUGUACUGGAUUUCAGUUGGUAUUUUUGGACUAAAUGUGCAUCUAUUUUGCCUCGCCCUAGCCAUAUCCACGUUGCGAUAUACUCUUUAUCCCAAGAUAUGGAUGGUCAUGAUAAACGAGCCAUUCCAGGCCAUGUUUCUUGGGGCAUUCCCCAUGGGAUUCGCAACAAUCAUCGACAUGAUGGUCUCUGUUUGUGUUCCAGCCUGGGGUUCCUGGGUUGCCGUUGUUGCAUGGGGAUUUUGGGUUGCUGAUUCCGUAAUCGCAGUGCUCUGUGCUUUAUGCCUGCCAUUUCUUCUAAUGAUACCUGGAAAACAAAUCGAGUUGUCCUCAGUGACUGCUGUAUGGCUGUUACCAGUCAUAAGCACUAUCGUUGCGGCGGCGGCAGGCUCCGUGGUUGCGAAUUCCUUACCCAACUUGCAGAUGGCAGUCUGGACACUCAUCAGCAGUUACAUUUUAUGGGGAAUGGGAAUCUGCCUCUCUAUGAUGAUUUUAACGGUGUAUUUUCAGCGUCUAGCAAUGCAUAAAAUUCCGCCUAAAAGCGUAAUCGUGAGUGUAUGUUUACCACUUGGGCCAAUGGGCCAGGGAGCUUAUGCAAUCUUGAACCUUGGUGUUGGCGCAAAGAGAAUCUUUCCAAUAACCAAAACAUUGGACCCUUCUUCUGGGGUGUUACUUGAGUCUAUUGGAUUUGUAACUGCCUUAGCCCUAUGGGGGUUUGGGCUUGUUUGGCUAUUCGUUGCUGUCGUCUCUCUUAUACGAUGCAAACGGUUUCCCUUCACGAUAGGAUGGUGGGGCAGUAUUUUUCCGCUGGGGGUGUAUUCGAACGGAACAGUCCUUUUAUCGAAAGUGAUUCCAUCUAAGUUCUUCAAAAUCGUUGGAACGAUUAUAUCGGUAUCGGUUGUCAUUCUGUGGCUCAUUGUGACAGCUGGCACUAUAAAGGGUAUUGUGACCCAGAAAAUAUUCUAUGCACCUUGCCUUAGCGACCUAAGGGUUAGCAAAAGUCAGCGACGCUCUGUGGCGAGACGCCUCGACGCCGGUUAA